CUGAAGUUGAUAUUCAACUUGUAAGCAACAACUUAAAUUCUGUUUGAUCUUCACAACCUUCCAAAUUGAUGGCUCAAGUGUCUCCAAUGACCGGUGGAGAUGACACCAAUAGCUAUGUCAAGAACUCCACUUUCCAGAGAGACGGGUUGAACGCGGCCCAGGAAGCCAUCAAGGAGGCCCUCACCGAAACCCUGGACUUAAAGACACUCCUAUUGGGCUCAACCACCUUCAACAUAGCAGACCUGGGCUGCGCGGCCGGGCCCAACACCCUCCUAGCCAUCCAGGCAAUAAUCGAGAUAAUCCGCCACAUGAACCGUUCCCAAGGAGCCCUCGAACCGGAUAAACUCGAGUUCAAAGCCCUCCUCAAUGACCUCCCGGCCAACGACUUCAAUACCCUCUUCUCAACCCUCCCCAAAUUAGAAUCGUGCUACGUGGCGGGCGUGCCGGGCUCGUUCUACGGCCGGCUGUUCCCCCGAUCGUCCGUACACGUGGCGUACACGUCAUCCUCGCUCCACUGGCUGUCCGGGCCGCCGUCGGAGCUCCGGGAAAGGGGCGGGCCCGCGUGGAACCCGGGCAGGAUCCACUACACGUGGAGUGAUGACGAGGCGGUGGUGAGAGCGUACGAGAGGCAGUACGAGGAGGACAUGGGAGUUUUCUUGAAGGCCAGAGGCGAUGAGGUGGCGGCCGGAGGGGCGGUGGUGAUUAUUAUGCCUGGGGUUGCCGACCGGCGGACCCCACAUGAUGUUGGUAUAGCCAUUACUUUUCUUGGCUCCAUUCUCAUGGACAUGGUCAACGAGGGACUACUAGACCACGAUCUUGUGGACACGUUCAAUUUCCCUCACAUGUACCCUUGGGUUGAGCAAAUGACUCGGCUUGUGGAGAAAAAUGGGUGUUUCGAUGUUGUGAAAAUAGAACUGAGGAAUGCGAGGCCGGACCUCAAAGCUCGUAUAGACAUGGAGAGCGCCAUAAGGCACUUGAGGGCAUUCACCCAAGGAAGCAUAGGGGCUCACUUUGGGAGUGAGAUAGUCCAUCAGCUUUUCGAACGAGCGUUCAAUCGAAAAACAGACUUGGCUCAAAUGUUGCUCUCCUCAGGCAUCGAGAUUGGCGCUCAACUCUUUGCAGUUCUCAAGCGCAAGUGAUCAAUUAAUUAGCUGAUUCAAUUUCAUAGGGUUCUUGAAUUUGUGCUUGUGUUCUUAGUGAUAAUGCAAUGUAUUUUGAUGAAUUAUAAAGAGAGGAAAAUAUGAAGUGUUGAUGGAGAUGAGAAUCAAAUUAUUUAAACCGCGAAACAACAAUGUUGUCGCGAGCCAGACAAUGGGUUUUGUUAUUCUUAUCAAAAUUAUUUACACAAGAAGUUUGAAAGUAGGAAAAUGUAGACUAAAAAGUAGAUUAUGUUUCAGCUAUUUCGUAUUUAACUUUCCAAUUUAAAAAAGUGAAGAAAAUGGUCAGAAACUGGAUAUUGGGUAUUCAUGGG